AUGCCGCGGAAGUCGUUAUUUAUGGCGAUUUUCUUUACAACUGCAGCGUUACUUCUUUUUCUUUUUCGAUGGUGCAAAUGGUUAAACAUGGGAUGGGCAACAUUUCGUAGGGAAACAACGUCACCAGAUAUACCUGUUAUUAAAGAUGCUACCGUAGCUGCAAUUUUCGUAUUCGGAUUGCAUGUUUUACCAAGAACUUUUGGUUUUCUAAAAUACUUUAAUGCUAAAAGAAAAUCUGAUUUACCACCGCUUAAACCUGAGUCGGCAAUUUUGUGGUGGAAAUUUGUUAAUAAAAAUAUAGUUUAUGCAUAUUUCCUUGUCAUUGGAUCAGGAGUUGCCUUGAAUGUUGCUAUACGAGAGACUAAACUAGCUCAAGUACUUGCGGCAGGAGUUGGAAAAAACUUAACGAAGUACGAUUGGAACGUUUCGAUUUUACUUGUUGUAAUUAUUGCAAUUAUUCUCGCUAAUAUAAUGCCCGGAGUAGCUGCCUGCUGCGUAUUCUUACCAUUUGUGAUCAACAUGGCUGCAGAACCUGAUGCUCCAGUACCCUGGCCAAAGCAUGUUUAUCUUGGUGCUCUUGGAGUAGGCCUUUCAAGCUCUAUGACGUUCUUGUUUCCUUUCCUCUAUACACCUGCAUACUUUUGUCACUACACUGGAAAAGUUCCAAUGAAAAAAAUGGUAAAAUAUUCGAUUUUGAGUGCAAUUAUUUGUAUGAUUAUUAUAUGGCUGGCCGUUUGCUUUUGGGCCCCCGUAGUUUGGGAUCCCUCUGGUGAAGGGUUUUCACCCUUGGCUGGACCAGAAGGAGCACCUGAAGGAGGAGGUGGGGGAGGAGGAGAUGCAGGUGGCGGAGGUGGUGGUGGUGGUGGCGGUGACGAUGGUGGAGCACCACCUCCACCAGCAUAA